CGUUCAAGGAUCGGGCUAGAUUGAUUAUUUGUCCACGUGAAUUUGCAAUCAAGAAGAGGGAGGAGUUCUAGGAGCGCCAGUUCAUCGAUUCAGUGCAUUGCAUGUCACGCCAGGGUUCAGGGUGACACCUGAUUCAGUGCAUUGCAUGUCAUGCCAGGUGAAACCAGUGCCGUUGCAAUUUGAUCGACAAAAAAUAUAGACAAACAACCAGGUCACACUUUGGCGGUGUGCGUUGGAGAUGUGCAACUGAAUGCACAGACUAGACGCCCAUGCGGGUUCGCUGUUGCCGAAAGCUGGAGCAAGACAGUGCCAGUGUGGAUGCGUUUCCGAGAGUGCGCGCUAAAGAUGCUACACCGCGACUAGUUAACUGUUUACUUGCCACCAGCCGAUCCGUGAUAAGAAGUCAACUCUUCCUCCUCCAGCAAGCGGCUCAUGAGCCAAGAAAGCAUGCAUAUGCUCGUGCACAUGAUGUUGCCUGCGGUAAUGGAGACAUGGCAUGAUGGCAUUGGCAGCACUAUGGUAGAGGGUAGGCGGCAUCUUCUCCGUUGAGCUAGCGUUUCGCCGACACAACACAUGGAAGAAGCCGCGGGGAGAGAGAUUCUUGCUGUCUGCUCUGCUGGUCCUGCUCCAGCUCUGCAGUGGCAUCUUCUUCUUCUUCUUCCUCCUCCUCUUCCUCGAAGGAGCAGAAAGAAAAUUGGACGGUGCUAGAUGCUGUCAGCGCGGCAGCACAGCGAUGCUGCACUACACGCACGCGUUGGAGCCUCCAGGUGUGAGGUCAACUGCUCACCGGUCACAGCAGUGCACACACCCGUGCGAUCAGUUUGCCGCCAAUAAUCCAGAUUGAGAUCUACGUACUUGUAAGCGCAGAAGGCAGGCGAAACAUGCCAGCGACGCCGCACGAGGAGUGAUGAGAAACCAGAUAAACAGGUUCCGCGUUGGAGCCUCGAGAGGUGAAGUCAACUGCUCUUGGACUAGCAAAGGUACAGCUCACCGGCCUCAUAAUCCAGGCCCAAACGCCCGUGCAGAUGAGUUUGCCCCCGAUGAUGGAGGCACGAUUGAACCUCACUUGGAGAAAUGCUACCUGCUGCAGAUGGUCCGGGACAGAGAAGAAGCACAGCACUCCAUCGUCGAUGAGAUUCUGCUUGUCCAUAAUGUCAGCGAAACCGUGGCAUCUUCUUCUUUCGGUAUAUAUAUAGGGAAAAGACAUAGCCAGAUUUCAACACCAUUGCGACACAACUUCUUUCUCUCCUCUUCCUCCAUCCCUAAAGAAGAAAACGAACUUUAGCUUCCACUACAGCCAUGCCAUCCCACCUCAGAUCUUCAAGUGUGCCUUCAAGCCCCUGCGCGGGCGAAACCAACGUUGAAGCACAACUUCAGAGCCUAAACACCGCCGUCUCCUCACCCUCUUCGACCAUCGAGACAAUGCUUGACGGGUUGAGGAGGCUCGGAGAUAUUUACGACUGCAUCGACGAGCUCGCAAGCUUACCCAGGAGCCAAGCUCUCAUCUGCAAGCCGCAGCAUAGGAUUGCUGUGGAGCAAGAGCUCGAGCGCUCCCUGGUGUUGCUCGACCUCUGCGACGCGGUGCAAGUGAGCUUCUCCGAGCUCAAGGCGAGCGUACAGGACAUGCAGCUGAUUAUCAAGAGAGGAGAUGAUGCGGCUCUUCAGGCCAAGAUCCAGUCUUGGUUCCGCCUGACCAAGAAAGCGCAAAAGCAGUUCAAGAAGACCAGCAGAAACUCUUCUCCGGCUGAUGUCGAGAGCUGCAGAAUGGUCUGUCUGUUGGCUAAAGCUAGGGACGUCGCUGUCACAACGAUUGAAUCCUCGGUGGAACUCCUGUCGAAGCAAAUUGCAGCGCCGAAUUCCAGCAAGUGGUCUCUUGUACCCAAGGCGUCCCAGAAGAGAAGUGUGACGUGCAAGGAGGAGCAAUUGCAGGUGCUGGAGUUGGACAUUGUUGAUCUUGAGAGCGGAGUCGAGUCUUUGUUCAGGAGAUUGAUCCAGAGCAGAGUUUCUCUUCUGAAUACUCUGAGCUUGUAGAGUUGAUCGUAUACUAACUCUGAUCCCCUGUGAUCGGUGUCCGCCUUUUGGAGGGCUUGCUGAUCAUCAUCACAAUUUUGUUAUGUGUAUACAUGGGAGGAAUUUGUACAUAAACAUACUCCAUGGAGAAACAAAAACACGCCUUUUUGUCCAUUUCCUCGUGUCGACAAGAUUGUGUA